UUAUACUACCUGGCGAUAGUCGGAAAAAAAUCGAUAACGUCUCGCACGCACGUAAAGUGAAGAAAUUAUGAAUGACAGGAGCGUACGGCGGCGAUAUAAUUGCGCUGUCGAGAAACUUGGUAGUUUGGAACACUAUGAGUGUUGGGAGUCAGCGGAGCAGCAGUAAGUUUUCACGCUGCUUGUGGAACAUUACGGCACGGCGGAUUGUCACCGAUCGCAUCUCGUUGAUGGAAGGGACGGCACAGAAAGCAUGAGAUGCGUAAAAACAGCUUCAGGAGUAACACAUUCAGUCCACUGACACAGAAGGUAAAGGCCCCGCAGCAUUUGCUGAGGCUGGAGGAUGAAGAGGACAGGUUUGACAAUAAGGACAGCGGUCGCUUCCAGUUGCCUAGCUUGCCGCGACGGAAAUCGUGGAAGGAUGAUGAUGAUAAUAUUCUGUCUACUGGGAACAGCGCUGCAACCUCUGUCUCUUGGUCGCAGGAGGCAGAGAAUGUUGUAACUCAGAGAUUGGAAGAGCAGUGGGCAACUGUGGAGAGGUCUUUUUACGAGGAGGAUGACCAACUACCUCAGGGACCUGUUCUGGAUGAGUGUGUACAAUGGAGGACUCAGAUACUAUACUUGAGAUUAAUGGGUAGAAAUUCAGCUAAUGUCAACAACAGGGUGCAAUCUGAUAUUCAUUCCAGCGCUAAAUCUAGGCAAAAAUUGGACAAUUUGCAAAAUGAUACAGUAUUCAUGGAACAUAGUCUUUCAGUUAAGGAGGAAGAGGAUUCUACUCAAUACAAAUUAAACAAGGCAAAAUUUGAAGAUGUCCUUGACUUACUGAUGGAACAUGUAAUAUCAGAGCUUUUUCCUGACAAAGAGGAUGAUACAGAUUUUUCACAUGACAGCUUAAGUGAUACUUUGAAGAUAACUCCUGCUCCUCUUCAUGGUAAUAGAAAUUCAUCGAAAAGCACAAAAACAAAUUGGGCAGAAGAAGCAGUAUCGCCUAAUUAUAUUGAGAACAAAUCACAAAGCAUAAGGAAUCGACUACUGGAUACAGAAAGUUCUCUUCAGAUGAUAAAGAAUGAUCCAAAUUAUCAAGCAAUUUAUCAAAGACAAAGGAACUCAGCCUCUGCGAAUAAGGCAAGAGACCUUAGAGGUGUGGGCGAUGAUGAUAUAUUGAAAUCUAAAGAGAAGCUUUGUACACCACAUAUAAGUAGGAAUAAACUCGGCACUGUCUUCAGCGAGAGGAUCGUCGUAAGUCCUGUGCCUUUUGCGGUGUCCACACGAGAAAGUUUCUCUACGUUAAAAUUCACUCCGGUUAAAUUCUUGGCCGAGAAUAUGGAGAUUUCUUCCUUCCGAGGAUCAGCUCGAAAUAUGCUAGGUUUUCGAGGUUCCGCGAAAAAAUCGUCUUCUUUGAGGAAUUCAGAUAUUCAUGCCGCUUGGCAAGCGCCCGUUUGUCCCGCUGUUUGGCCGAAAAACGUCCGACUCGCACCCAUAGAUACCUCGAGACUUCCUUCGAGCAAAAACAGGUCACAGGCGCCGUCGUCCACCGUCUUGCACUGUAGCAGGAAGCCGUUGAGUCCCAUCGCCCGCCCCACUAUUCCCAAGUCGGCGCAUGCAGCUCGCGAGCAUGACAAUCUGCUGGAAAUUCAAGGGAAGCACCUCGGGCCUACGCAGUCGUCGAAAAUCGGCCUCCUCUCAGCUGGGUGGGACUAUAGUCCCAGGGUGGUCAAGAGCAAGAAAAAGAAAGCCUGAGCGAAGGAGGGACCGUGAGAAAUUGCAGAGAAGACGCAUGAGACGCGCUUUAAAGUAAAAGUAUGUGUAUGCGAGAAGUAUAUAAUAUAUUUUUUAGAAAUCUCUCGUUUUACGUGUUGCGUGCUGCGCACAAUUGCGAGGAAACCGAAGAGUACAAAAUGCCGCUUCGACGCGUCGGUUUCGAGGCAGAAUACAACGCUUGGAGCACAGCGAAACGCUUUAAGCAGGUAUAUUUUUAUCAUCGUACAAUCUACGGAAGCGAAUCGCCGCAAUCACGCGAUUCUAUUUUAAAGUAUUAUUGCCGAAUAGAGAUUAUAUAUAUAUAUAUAUACAUAUACAUACACACAUCACACGUAUCGUGACUUUAUCUCUACCUCAUUGUCCGUGUUGUCGAGUGUUCUACACGCGCUUGUUGCAAAUGAAUAUAUUUUUGUAUGCCGCACGAUUAUGUGUUAUCAUAAG